CCAAACUGUCACUUAUGACUAUACCAACAACAACUUCUGAGUUUGCUUGGAUAUUCCCUUCUCCUAUUUACUGAAUCUGGUUUUCCCAAUGUUUUCGUCUUUUCAGUUUCCUUGCUUCAACUUCCCAUACUAAAAGCCUCAACUUACUUAGUCCAUAUAUAUAGAGAAAGCCUCCCCAUUUCCCCCCCACGAACUGAAAACACAAUGGCACGCUUUGUGGUGGACUCCAACUCCCUCUUCUUCUACGGCACAGUAGACAGCACCAUCGUCGUGCUCGACACCCGAAGCGACCUCAACCGCUUCCCCACGACCUUCCACGAAUGGAAGACCGUCGCCAUAGUGACAUGCCCGCUCAACAACAGAAGCAGCAGUAGUAGUGCUGUUGCUGCUGCUGCCAAUCAUAUAGGCAGAAAGCUGUACACAGAGCUGGAGAUCUUCGGCAAUGUGAUCGAAGGCCCCAACUUGAGAAGGCUGCGUGCAGAGCUCUUCACCUCACAGUUGCUGGUCAAUCGCGAGGGCUACCAGGUCGGAUACUGCAACGACGACGCCUGCAAGGCUCUGGCGCUUGGCAGCAGCUUGAUGCUGAAGAUAAACAACUUGUUCGAUUGGUGGAGGUAUGGAGUGAAGCCGGAGGUAGCCACCGCGUGGAAGCGGUAUGAUGUUGGUGAAGAUGAUGAGGAUGUCGUUGAUGUCGAGAAGUUGGCGAUGGAAUUGGAAGAGCAGAGCAAGGAGCUGAAGGAGUGCAGGGUUAGGAUGGCGGAGAAGGAGGAGAUCGUCGACCAUUACAAGCGGCUUUUGGAGGAAAGCAGAGAGGUGUUGAGACAGAAGAGUAUGGUUGUUGAGGAGAAGGAAAGAGUGAUUGAAGAGCAGAGGAGGCUGAUAGAGAAGAAGGAUGGGGAGAUUGAGGAGUUGGAAGUGAGAUUGUGGGAGAUGAGUUGAAGGGCAAGAUGGGUUAUUGAAGAGGCAGAGGGGUUAGCAGUUGGUCAAUAUCUAUCUAGUAUGGUGUACUAUAAAAUCCAACAUGAACAAUCAAAUAUUGCAACAUUCAAGAAAAUGAAAAGAUCUCGAGAAAAAGAAUCAAAUCAGAAGGCAACAACAUGAUCAAGCCAACCUUUUCUUGAUUGUUUCAAGUCACCCUCUCCCUCUAACCUAGGUAGAUGAACAACAACAAUCACUUCAAGAACACUGAAUACACUUAUACAAGGAUCCGCUGACUAAGGUCGCUUCCCAAAAAAGGACCUUCUCUUGUGACUACAUGACCAACGCUAUAAAAUCACUAAAUCAGGGCAAUCAUG